AUCAAAUCUCGAUCGGAUGCAUUGCAGCUGGCCUUCUUUCAUCCUCUUGUACCUCUUCCUGGGAUCCCUCGCUCAUUGUUAUUGUUGUUAUUUUUGCGGCUGAAACGCCGCUUCUUCUUUGCGUGGUGAAUUCCAAUACUUUCAUCUCUUCCCCGCCUCGAUCUUCUACGAUCAGACUGCUGCUACUAUUCGUUUGCUCCACCGCCAGUCUCGAUCGAUCGCAUACCAGGAAUUGACACAUUCUUCAACCACAUAUCCACGGUCUCGGGCAGCCAUCCACAUUAUCCUCCAAGAUACUAGCCUUGUCGAUUCAACCCUCAUCGUCUUAUCGUCGCAUGGUGCAUUCCUCAAAGCGGGGGGUCUCAAUAGAUCUCCGACGGUAAUCGGCGUCUGCUAUCUCAAAGUCGUUUGAAGCGAUCUCAGCCGGUCGUGAGCAAGACCUCGAGCCAUGUCGGGCGGUUCAGGGUUCACGUCCCCUGGGGACGCCUCUUAUGCCUCGAAUACUCUGCAUGUUGGCGAUGGAACAUGGGACCUCGACCGCGACACUUUUCUCUUACCCAAUCUCAUGGGUGUAAACUUCGAAACAAUGCGAUACAAUGGAAUGGGAAACAGGUUCCGAGAUAUGCCUAACUACCAUACUAUUAUUGCUGCUCAUGGCAUUAUCGCUGCGAUCGUAUUCCUGGGGCUGGUUCCCUUAUCGAUUCUGCUCGUCCGGUAUUACUCGCUUCGAAAUCCGUACCGAGCCUUCAAAUAUCACGUUUGGUGCCAGGUUCUCACGUUAUUCCUGAGUACUGUCGUAUUUGUUCUUGGUUGGUUUGCUGUCGGUCCGAAAAGAAGCCUUUCAAACCCUCACCACGGAAUCGGUCUUGCCAUAUACGUUAUUAUCAUUUUCCAGAUCUUCUGGGGUUGGUUCGUCCACAAAAUUGAGCGGAAUAAGAAAAGAUACCACGUGCCUCUCAAAUUAGUGAUUCAUCGGUGGAUAGGCCGUGCUCUGGGAAUCCUAGGGAUUGUCCAAAUCCCACUUGGACUCACACUUUAUGGAUCCCCAAAAUCGCUAUUCAUCUUAUAUGCCGUCGCUGUCUUCCUUAUCCUGGUGACAUGGUUCUAUCUAUCCUAUCGCUAUGAUUCUGACAGAGGGCCCUCUGGAGAUGGAGACUAUGACAGCCGCUAUAGCUAUGUGUCCCGUCCGGACGACGACCACGGCCAUAGCAAUCUCGGAAAAAUGGCAGCUGCUGGAGCUGCUGGGCUUGGGUUGGCGAGCUUCUUCCGACGCCGCAACCGUGACCGAGACCACGACCACGUCUCCGAUGGCUCUCACACAUCUUACAUGGAUGAAAAAUACUCGGAUGAGGAGUCUCGCCAUGGUGGCGGUUGGGGAAGCAAGUUCCUCAAAAUAGGCGCCCUCGGGGGUGGUGCUCUGCUCGCUAAGAAGCUAUUUGACAGGAGACGAAAUCGAGAAGGUGAUGCCGAAUCGGGUAGAUAUCAACCUGCUCACCGUCGGACGGACAGCAUGACAGAAGAGAGUUUAAGCCGCCUGGAUGACCGCCCUCCGCCUGGUCCAAGCUAUCCAGCUCCUAUCAAUCGUCCUCCCACCAGACCUCCCAGCAGACCGCAAAGCCCGAACUCAUCUUAUUAUGACUACUCGUACUUGUCAACCCAGGACGAAGGUCCAUCUCACGGCGCUCGGAACGCUAUGUUUGGGGCUGGUGCGCUGGCAGCUAUGAAGGGUUUCUUCUCCCGCGGAAAGAAGAGUGAUGAGCAGCGUCAUGUAGAGGAAAUGAGGCGGCACGAACGUGAGAACGAAAAGUUAGCCCGAGCAAACAGCAAACGACGAUACACUGGGGAUGGAUACUACCCUCAGCGGAAACGCCCCGCUUCCCAAACAGCUACUGAUGUCUCCACGGAUCUAACGCCUCGUCCGCAACGUGCGCAGUACCCGCCCGACUCGGCGCUCUCUGCAGGCCCCGUUGCUUCGGGGGCGGUCGAUGGUGCUCACUCAGAUAUGCCUCCUGUCCCGCCAGUUCAUUAUGAUCCAGCUUCGACUAUGACACCCACAGGGCCUGGGGCGCCGCCUCCACCACAAUCUCAAUACAAUCUAGCAGUCCCACCACCGGUCCCGGUUCCAGGACCAGCACCGGGCCCUCCAGGCCAUUCGUCGGGACACCUGCCGCCUGCCGGCAGCGGCACAUGGCAACGGGAUGACCACGUCGAAUCUCCACCAGUGUCAAUCAAGGUGAAGAUGCAUGAGGAUGGCCGGAACAUCACGCUUCGACGAUUAACCGAAGAGGAAGCAGCUGCCGGUCGAGAAGCCCGUCGUCGAGAGAGACGCAACUCCCGCCGCCGAAAUGGAAGCGCGAGCUCUGUCUCUGGCAACGAGGGUACAGGCAGCCGUGACCGUUGGCGACGAGUUGAAGAACUCGAGCGCCGGCAACAAGAGCAGAUGGAUCGAGAACGUGCUUCAGCCGCCGCUGGAGCCGCUGCUGCAACUUCACCUCCCCCGCAACUAGCCAGCCCACCUUACGCACAUGGCCCAGCAGCUUCAGGGAGCAUCCCUCCUUCCCAGUCUUACAUUCCUCCACAGCAGAGCACGAGUGGUUUCCCACCGCCGCGGCCUCCAUCGACAAACCCAUUUGGAAGCAUCACAUCGCCCGGCACAUACACCGGGACCGACGCAAGUGAGUACGCCAGCAAUCGCCGCCGGAGACGCGCGGAGAGAGCCCGAGCAAGGCAGGAGCGACAAGGACAUAGUGUCGAAUUCACAUAAUAAGCCGGAUGCCACUCAAAACUUCUCUUGCUUGUCGCCUGUAUAGAACAAAAUUCUCACUUCACGAUGUAUCUAUCUUCCUUCACCUCUUCUCCCUGUUUAUUCUCCCUCGCAUAUAGUUCGAUGAUCUCCAAGGUAAUGACGCUAGCGCUGGCUUUUUAUUUUUCUCCUUUAUUGUCUUUCUCAUGUUGAUUUGACUCGUUAUGGACUGAACGAUAUUGGCUCUCUGGUUUCUUUUAUUUGAAAUUGGGUUGGAAUGUAUGCUAUGAUCUCUGAAUAUGAACCAGAGCCGAAUGUUGAAAUUGCGUUACGAUUCAGCGCAAUAGGAUGGAUAUGCUUUUCCUUCUGUAUUUGACUAUGGGCAUAUCUUAAAACGGCUGUGUCCCUCGUGUACUUCGAUAUGCUAGAUAUUUUGAAAUGAACAUAAUAAACCUACAAGAGGGAUU